CACGUGCUUGAUCAGAUGACUGCGCGACGCAAAAGAAAAGGGGUUUUCAUAGUUCCUGUAAGAUUGUGGCUAUUUUGUUCAACCAAACACGGAAUUUUCGUGAUCAAAGUAAGGGGCAGCAUAAAAACACCCGCGCUAAAAUUGCAGGAAGAUUACAGCUGGCAGGGUACUCUAAGUACAGUUACAUAAUCAAGCUUUCAGGCAUAUCGAAACCAGAAGCACAAGGAAUUAUUAUAUAGACUUUAUAUUGUCCAUUGGGAAGGCGGGGAAUACAAAGCACCGUGCCAUCAAUACAGCUUUUGAAUGCAUCCGUUAUUCACGAACUAUUCAAAAAAGAAACAACUUCACCUGUACAACUUCAUCUUUUGGAAGAAAUCGACCAUCUACUAACGCAGUACAUGGAUUAUCUGUGUUUCAGAGCGCUGUGCUGCAAGGGGCCGCCCCCGCCCAGGCCCGAGUACGAUGUGGUGUGCAUCGGACUGACUGGCGCCGGCAAGACCAGCCUCCUGUCCCGCCUCUGCAACGAGGGAGCGGACAACAUCGUACCCACCACAGGUUUUAGUAUCAAAGCUGUACCAUUCCCGAAUGCCAUCCUAAAUGUAAAGGAACUUGGAGGCGCCGACUCGAUCAAGAAGUACUGGAGCCGGUACUACCAGGGGUCCCAGGGUGUGAUCUUCGUCCUGGACAGCGCCUCGUCGGACGAGGACCUGGAGAUGGCCCGGACAGAGCUCCACUCGGCCCUGCAGCACCCUCAGCUCUGCACGCUCCCCUUCCUACUACUGGCCAACCACCAGGACAAGCCGGCCGCGCGCUCCGUACAGGAGAUCAAGAAGUAUUUUGAGUUGGAACCACUGGCACGAGGAAAGAGUUGGAUACUAGAAGCCAGUUCUGUGGACAACAUGGAGGCUGUGAGGGAAAGCUUCACUCAGCUCAUCUCCUUGCUGGAAGAGAAGGACACGGAACCAGGAAGGUUAUGAAUGCAGCUCACCUCGAAGACAAUAUAGACUACAGCCCAAACACAAACUGUUAGAAAACGGCUGGUAUCUCACUGUAUCCGUGCUGUUGCUGAUGACGACGAUGAUGAUGAUGAUGAUGAUGGGGUGAAUCAAAAUGGAUCUUAAUAUCUGACAAAAAUGACUAUUACAGCAAUAAAAGCAGACAGUCAGUGACCACGUAGCACCAUAAAGAAAGACCACAAAUAUCAGUUCAGCCCUCUCAAUAUGAUCAAUGGUAUAGGAAAAUAUAAGCUGUUAAACAAGUGCAAACAAUAAAUAUUGUUUACUCCUCUGUGUGCCAUUUUAUUGAAAGAAAUAUGGUUUAAUUCAAAUGUAGUGAAUUUUUUGGAGUAAAUGUGUCUUCUUGAAUGCCUGUGUCGUUGCGUAUUGCUACUGAACACUAUUUUUAAAUGCAUAUUCUUGAUAUUUAGAAUGACUGGAAAGCAUGGUUGUCAAAUGCAACCUAUCCUGAGAACAUGAAAUGUUUUAGUGGCACAUUUGUAGUCAGGCCUUAAGUAACAGGAUUUUUUUUUUUUUUUUUAAACCAUCAAACAUUUUAAGUGUCUUUGCAUAUCUAUGACCUAAUCUAGUUAAUUUCUGGAACUCCAUCAGGACUGUAACAGUGGGAUCUAAAGCUGUCCAGAAAUUGAUAGACAACUUAAAUUAAGGAAAGCUUUUCCUAGUUUGUUAGAGUAAAAUGCAUGUUCUAGCACUAAACAAAGAGCAUAGCAGCACAACCUCUAGACCUUUAAAGGCUUUUUAUUCUUUCUAAAUGAGGACAUUAUUUUAAAUUGACAGAAGCUUCCUAGAACUGUGAAUUAUCUUUUCUUCUGGAAAGAAUAAUCAAUCAUAGACCAAAAGCAAAUACAUGGUUCUGUUAUCUUCUACGUUUGUGAAUUUUCUAAUUUGAGCCUAUUUUUAAUAAUGCUGGUGGUCUCAGAGCUCACAAAGUCAUGUCAGUAUCAAGAAAAGUAAAUAAUGCUUAAAUGUAUUAGUCAAAGGACAAAGCACAUCAUGGUGAAAUUAGCCUGUAGUGUUAGGUGGGCAUAAGCCUGCACAUCCUCCGUCUAUAAGAAUCUAUAAACAUGUUUAUGUACAAUACGUACAGCCUUUACAAGCACUUUAUCUUGUAAAGAUGUUUUAUUCUGGCUCAAGCGUUUAGAAAAGUAUGUAAUGUUUGUUAUAUCUAGGCAUUGGUUGAGGCUCUAGGUGUGUUUCUCAUUCUUGUUGUUGUUGUUGUUGUUGUUGUGAUUGAUUUUGAAUGUAAAACACCCUUGUACAAAAAAAAAAAGAAAAAAGAACGAAA